GUCAAAGCGCGCCAUCGGCUUCCGCGCGCGAACGCAAACUCGGCGACGACUUUCGAACUAAAAAUCGUAAAUAAAAUAAACGUAAAAUAAUAGUGUCAUUUAAAUGAAAUGAAUCGGAAUUAGUGUGUAUUGAACUGUGUAUUUGUGAAGUGAUAGCAGUUUUAUUUGAAGGAUCUUUACGAAAGCGGUAGAUAGGAACGCACGAUGGCUACCAAGUCGUACAGCAAGCAUAAGGAGUACAAGGAGUACUCCAGCAGCAAAGGCAAUGUGGUUCCGUACACCGACGAACAAUUCGAUAUGAUAAAAUCCGAGCUGUUACCAAAAGGCAGCAAACUGGACUCCCUGGGCCGCGGGGCUGGCUCCCGGGAGUACCACUACGAGUACAAGGAGGAAAAACAUCCCUCGGGAAAGUACGAUAGGAAGGACCUUCACACCGUCGAGGAAUACACGAUCCCCGCCCAACCAGUACCGAAGGCUUCUGAGAGCAGCUCAUAUUACUACGAGAGGGAAGAGCGGGAGCUUCCUGUGCUCAACGGCAGCUCAGGCGCCAGGACUUACAACUACGAGACCGUCUCCAGUUCUACUCCCGGUUACUCCCGCGUGAAGAGCUCCAAAGUGACCAAGGAUCUGUCCCACAACGUGGAGGAGCUGGACUCGCUGCUGGACGACCUGCAGAAGGACCAGGAGAGGCAGCUGUACCGGAGCGGGUACACCUCCGACACGGCCGAGAGCUCCUCCUUCGACUACAGGAGAGGGACGCCACUGAAAGCGCCAUCUAGCGGCUACUCGACGCUGAAGCGGUCCGAACAGGUGGAGAGCUCGUCCUGGGGCUCCAGCCCCCCGCCCGUCGCCCGCGCCACGGAACUGAGGCAGGAGAUGUUCCGGGAAGAGAAGACAGAAUCCCGCGUGGUUCCCUCGCAAGUUUCCCCGGCGGCGCCGCUGGCGGUCCCACCAGCAGUCUGCAACCACUGCCACCACGCCACCUCCACGCUGUCCCGCUCCAGCACGCCCAUGAACAAGGUGACGACCACGGUGAAGACCUACACGUACGAGGUGCCCGCCGACCAGGACCCCGCGCGCGCGCCCAUCCCCCCCAGCGCCGAGACACACACGUACCACGUCAACGAGAACUUGCUCACGUCAACCACCACCAAUACCGCUCCAGCCCCGUCCCCAGCGCUGGGCUGCCAGUACUGCUCGCAUUGUAACAGCCGAGUAAGGGAGUACCGACAUGUCACCACAUCCGACGAGCACACGAACGAGCGCAUGGUGUACCCCGCCCCGGCCAAUGAGACCAAGCUGAUCCCCGCUUCCACCCUACCGCAGAAUGGACACGGCCCUUAUGGUCCAACAUCGUACAAGUACAGCGAGACCACGUACUCGUCCCACAACAGCACGCAGCGGUACCCGGGGUCCCAGGCGAGCCCCGCGGCCCCGUUCCCGAGGCCCGUCACGCCCUCGCCGGGGAACCAGCAGCCGCCGAAGAAACUGGACGACUUAUUAGCUGACUUUCCUGAAGCUCGUUUCCCCACCGACACCGAGGGCGGAGUCCGCCAGCGGCAGGUGGAGGUGACGCAGGCGCGCGCCGCCGCGAGCCCGGGGCCCGCGAGCCCGGGGCGCGCCUCCCGCAACGUGGCGGGCCCCGCCGUGUACUACCCGCCCGGACACACGCCCUUCCAGAAGGCGGAGGGGUAUCAGGCUAGUGCAAUGCAGGGCGGCGGCGCGUACGCAUCCGGCCGCGGCAUGUACGAGUACGAGGCCGGCGCGCGCAGCAAGGAGAAACACUCCGAGAAGAAAACUGCCGUUCCAAUAUGUCUGCCGCUGUGCUGCGCCAUGCCUUGCGUUAUUUUGUAAAUUUAUAUCUUUAUUUCGUGUAUCUAUUUCCUGAUUAGCCUGAGGUAACCAGGUAGAAAAUAUAAUAAUUACAAUUUUCGUAUAACUUACCCGAAAUUAUAAUAGUACAUACAUACAAACAUUAAUCACGUCUAUAACCCAUGCAGGGUAGACAGAGCCAACAGUCUUGAAAAUACUGAAAGGCCACGGGGCUUUAUAAUAGUAAGUAUCUUUUAGAUCUUAAUUAUGUGAAAUGUGAACACCUUUUGAAUUUUGAAAUGAUUAUUGUAAAAAUAUGGGUGCUUGAAGUUGUUUUGGAAGUUCAAAUUGUAAUUUUCAAGGUAAAACGUAUUUUAACAACAUAAAAUCAGGAAAAUGCGUCAAUAUUUUAUAUCUAGACAAAUAAGGACAGUUUGUUAAUAAAACAUUAUUUAAACAACAAAGAAAUAUCUUGUAUUUUGUGGGACAUUGUAUGUAUUAUUAUAUUUGAAGAUUAUGUACUUUUAUGAAUGUGGAAUGGCAUAUCUUAAGAAGUCUUAUGUGUAAUAAUUUAAUUCUUUGAGUAUGUUUUAAAAUUAUGCCAAUUAUUAUUAUAUUUAUGAUUGUCUGAAAUAUUCUCAGAUAUUUCAGAAAAUAUCUGAGAAACUUGCAAGACAUGGAUACAAAUUUCUUUGAAACAUUAUGUAAAUAUUGUUUACAAUUAUUAUGUUUUUCGUUGAGGUAUCGUUAAUUUUCUAUUUAAAUAAAUAAAGAAAAAUUAUUGUGUAUUCGAAGUUUAUGUCAAAGAAAAAAAAUAUAUAUUUAAAAUUAAUAUAACUGUAUCCAAUUUGUGUCAUUGGUUAUUUUUCAAAUAUAUUCUUUAAAAGGAAUAAUCUCUAACAUCGAAUCUCAAAUAAUAUACGCCAUAUUGAUAUUAAAAUUGGUUAAUAUUUAUAUUUUUUCAUUGCGUCAACUAACCAAUGUGCCAUUAUUAAUGAUAUUAUAAGAAUAAGUGCCUUACUUGUAUAAAAGAAUU